AUGCGACGCACUUUCCUCUGCACAGCGGCGCUGACGGCUGCAGCCCUCAAGCCAGCAGUCACAAGGAGAGGCUGGUGCACCGGCGCCGCUGCGGCGAUAACAUCGCUCGCGCCCCAGGUUGCCAGUGCAGAUGGAGUCGGCCCGGGCAUGUUCGUCGAGACGAAAAACAUGGCGUCGAACCCGGACGCGUCGCUGAGCCGCGACCCCAUGAACUCCAACGUGUUGUUUUCGCAAGAUUUUUACUUUAAAUAUGGACGGUCGCCACCAUUUCUACAAGACGCCACCAGCGAGAUCCCGGACGGAGGCGCGGUCCCGUUCACGCGCGUACAGCAGCGCUACGAGGCCUACGGGAAAUAUGCUGCCCGGGUCCUCGCCGGUGUCGAGGCCUUCCGAGCGCUGAAGGGUGCCGUUGACAACGGAUCAUGGGCGUCGGUCGCCUCGGACGAUACCAAGUACAAUCUCAGGGCCAUGGGCCUCCUGGCGAACGGCCUCAUGGCGAGCGAGAACAACGGCCCGGGCAACGUCUUGUUCUUGACGAGGUGGUACGUCAACGAGUGUGCGCUCGAUAUCGGCGACGUCGCAAAAGCAGCGGAUAAGGCUCAAGCGGCGGCGGCCUGGGAACGGGGACGCAAGGCGAUCAACUCGGCGCUUAUCGUGCUGAACAAGGAAAUCUCGCCGAAGGUCGGCGAGCAGUUCGUUCUUGUCGAGAGGUAG